GGUCUCUGGAUGCCAACACAGCUUUCUCAGCUGCUGCUACUGCACGUACACACAGGGGAAACUCUGCAGUGACUGGAUCCAACUUACCUGAGAAUGAGCUGUCCAACCUGUCACAUUUGCCAUCUCUCUAAGUGUUGCUUCUACAAUGGAAUAGUUUAGAAUGAAAGUUCUGCAAUACGAACAUAUACCUGGGAAAGAUAGAACCUGUUUCUUCAUCAGAGGCUUUGGAAUCUUCUAGAUUGCAGAUACUCUGUCUGCGGAGAGUUUAUUUCCCUUUGCAGAAAUGUCAUGACCCAAGACUCUCACUUCUUGCUGUAUAUAUCUUGCUGUACAUUAGCAGGAAUGUAGCAAAACAUGGAGGUGAAAGCAGCGGUCUGUUUAUUUAAAUGUGAAAGUGCAAUAAAAAUAUGUCGUCACUAAAAUCAAUGAAUAAUCGUGAUAAAUAAUCGGGAUUAACAUUUUGGCCAUAAUCGUGCAGCCCUAAUAUAUACCCGUCAGUAUAUAUCUUAGUUUUGAAGCGGUGAUCUAAGAAACACCAAUAUCUCUGCCGUCGCAGAGGCGAAGUUCCUGGAACUUCUUAUAAGAAUUCACUUCAUGUAAUACUUCUCUCAAUGUAAUAUACGCAUUUCUUAUAUCAUUGACUCCCUUCCCUAGAGACAGCAGUACACAGUGACUUCAUAAAAUUCUAAUUCUAAUUCUAAAUUCUUGAUGAUUCAUACCAGUCACUGUUAAGGCUGCAUCCUUCUUUCGCUCUGCACAACAAAGGGUAAAUCGCCUUCGCGUCAACACAGACUUCAGAGUGAAACUUUUCCACGAGCGUCCUCCGGUUUGCUUGUUGUCCAGAAAAGCUGAAAAGACUCGCGCAGCCCACCCAGGGAUGCCAAAUUGUCGUGGAAAAUAGACAACACUCGCAAACUCAUCCUCUGAAGCAUAGGCAGGAUGGCAGAGAGCACAGAUGUGGACCAGCUGCUAAGUGCCUUUAAGAAGUUUGCUAUCCAUGGAGACACCAAAGCCACAGGGAAGGAGAUGAACGGCAAAAACUGGGUCAAACUCUGUAAAGACUGCAAAGUUAUUGACGGCAAAAAUGUCACGUCCACCGAUGCAGAUAUUGUCUUCACUAAAGUCAAGGCAAAGUCAUCUCGGGUCAUCACUUAUGAGGAGUUUCAGAAAGCUCUGGAAGAACUGGCCCUGAAGAGGUUCAAAGGUCAAAGCAAGGAAGAAGCAUUGCAGGCCAUACACAAGCUGAUUGAGGGCAAGGAACCUACCAAUGUUGGUGUUACGAAAGUGGCGAAGAGCGGAGCAGUGGACAGACUAACAGACACCACUAAGUACACAGGCUCUCACAAGGAACGCUUUGACGAGAGUGGCAAAGGCAAAGGGAAAAGCGGCCGCGAGGAGCUUGUAGAGAACACUGGCUAUGUAGCAUCAUACAAGAAUGCUGGGUCUUACGAUGAGAAGACCAAAUCCAAGUGAAGGUCGCAAGGCUGGUGGAACGUGUGAGGAAUCAGGAAGAGCUCCAUUUCCAUCAGCACUUACAUCUGGACCAAAGGCAGACCUGAACUUUGUCAUGGUGGAAGCCAGUGAAUGUCAGGAAAUUAUGUAAACAGCUGUGUCUGGGGUCUCCGGAUGCAGUUAUUUAAAUGCAUCAAUGUUACUGUUUUGUCGUUUUAUGAUGUUUCUGUACAAUGUGUCUUCAAAUGUUAACGCAUCUUUCUAAAUCUGGUCAAUUUUAACAUUCAUACCAAAGCUAAUUAACUAAUUAAAGUAAAUAAAAUAAAAUAAAUAAAUGUCAAAACA